UAACCACGAAUGCGUGUUGUUUAUUUAUUAAUCAUUUACCACUGCUUGGUGAAGGUUGCAUUUGGUUAUAUUUUUAAAAUCAUUUCAAAACAGUGUAAAAUGUCCAAAAGUCUUUCCGCCGAAGAAUCGAUUCACAAAGACCAGGAACCCGGCGUUAUAAGCAAUGGUAUGCUCACAAAAGCAAUUGUAGAGCAAGGUCACAAAGGGGAAGCAGGGCGUUUGGCUCGGCUAGACCAAGUAGAUCUGUGGUGUAUCACGGUGAUUCGACUUGAAUUUCAAAAUAUUCUCAAGAUUGACCAUCUUUGGGUACUGAAGAACCUGGAAGUACUUUCAUUGGCAUUCAAUAAAAUUGAUAAAAUUGAAAACCUACACCAGCUAACUAAACUGAAAGAAUUAAACCUGUCGUUCAAUUUUAUCGAAAAGAUUGAAAAUCUUGACCAACUGACAGAAAUCCGGACGUUGUCGUUCUACGGUAAUCGUAUAUCGAAGUUAGAAAAUCUUGACCAUUUGGAAAAGUUGGUUAUAUUAAGUGCCGGGAAAAAUAUUAUCAAUACACUGAAUGGCAUAGAACGAUUGCGGUUUCUCAAAGAUCUGCGCUCAUUAAAUCUAGCCGAUAAUCCGAUAGCAAAUGACAUGACCAAACCGUUGAGACUGUACGUGGCUAUAUUAUUGCCACAGCUGAAGUACUAUCAGUAUAUUUUACUAAAACCCGAGGAACGAGAAGCAGGAAAAGAGCAAUUUACGCGAGAAUUACAAGAUAUUCUGGAACAGGAGAAAUUCGAAAUAAUUGAACGAAGCCGUCUAGCCAAAGAAAAAGCUGAUGAAAUAUAUCUUUCGAAAAGCUUUGUUGAGCAUAUGAAUGGUCAUCAGCUGUUCGAAUCACUAUUCGUUGGCGAUCCAGACGGAGAAGCUCUGCUAGCCAUCGGUGACGACGCAAUUGAGUUGAAAACGGAAUAUAACGCCGAAGCUUACAAUCUCACUCAGCAAAUCUAUAAAAUCGGCUUGGAGCAAUACGAACGACGUCAGAAAGAAAUCAAACUAUACAAUAGCUGCAUUGAUGCUGAACGAAAGAAAGCUCAGAAACUUGGUCAAGACAUCAUCAACCACUUUUUAGAUGUGUACAACCGUUUGUGUCCUAAGGUGAAGGAGAUCGUGACCAACCUGGACCAGGAUGCCCAUAAACGGCCCGAUAUGCAUUUGCUACCCCACGAAUUCCACCCGCUGAUCGACGAGCUCGAGGUUGCCAAAGACGAGUUCAACACGGUCUUCGAGGACUCUUGGCAUACGCUAAUGAACAUCGAAAUGCAGUUGUUCGAACGUACAGAGGAGGGAAAUUCAAACUUUGAAAACACAAUCAAAGAAAUGACGAAUGAGUUCAUAGAAAAAGCUCAAGCUCAAUUUGUGCUGCUACGUGAAGCCGAAAUAAACUUUGGUGAUGGACUUGUGGAGGCUGUACAGCAGUUUGUGACCUUCCAGGCUGCAUCCGGUCAUGCUGCAGCGAUUCCAUCGGCUUUGAAAGAGGCACUGGAAGAUAAAGACGUGAUACCCAAUUUAGCGGCUGGAAUGCGAGACCAGCAUAUGCAGCUGAUCGAUGCUCGAGAAGAUAAACUAAUAAGUCGAAGUCGUAAUUGGGCCCGGGAUCUUUGUGAUGAAAUUCAAAACUCGGAAACAAAACGAAACCGUGCGAAAGUACUGGAAAUAACGUACUUUCUAGAUCAUCACCGCCAAGCAUUCUACGCGUUGAUUGAAGACUUUAUUCCCACCCAAGAAGAUAAGAAACGAAUAUUAUCGAAAGUACAGUUCUCAAUCGAUGCCUCUUCAGCGAAUGAAAAAGACUGAAUUUUUCACGAAACUUACGUCAAAUCGACCACUAUCAACUGGUAAAUAAUUUUACAAAAUGAGUCAUAAGUAAAUAUAUUUUGAUCACUCUAAAGGAAUACAUGUAACAGGAGCUAUGAGUGCCUUCUGUAAUAGAAUAGAGAAAUUUUUAUUGCGUAUAAUUGUUUAUUAGUUUGAUUAAUAUUCGCUUGAUUAAAUACUGGACUCAUGAUGGUCGGACGAUGUAUUAUCGAAUGCUCCUUACUGGUGUCCUUUUUUCAUAUCAUAGGAAAUGUUAUACAUUAAGACUAAACUUCGUAACAAAUUUUACGUCUAUGUUUGUCAAGACUUAGUAAUUUUUUUGAACGAAUUCAUCAUUUAUACCCAUUACGGUCAAAACACCGAGUACAUUUAUCACCAAAACAGAUUUAGAAAAAAAAAACAAAAAUACUUUCUUGUUUAAUC